ACUUCCAUUUGAGUUCUUCUCCGACCAACUGGACAGCCGAGCACCCAGCAACAUGAAACUCUUGUUGAUCUGCGCCCUUGUCGCCGCUGUGGCCGCUGACGUCAGCCACCUGCCCUCCAGCCAGUACCUGCCGCCCGCUUACGGCGCCGCCUCCGCUCCGGUGGCCUCCUACUCGGCCCCGGCUGAGUCCAGCUACUCGGUUGCCGCUUCGGCUCCAGCUGUCUCCUACUCUGCUCCCGCUGCCACCUACACCGCUGCCGCUUCUGCUCCGGCUGUGAGCUACUCGGCUCCUGCUCAGAGCUACUCUGCCCCAGCUGCCACCUACACCGCUGCUGCUUCUGCCCCAGCUGUGUCCUACGCCGCUCCCGCUCAGAGCUACUCUGCUCCCGCUGCCACCUACACCGCUGCUGCUUCUGCCCCAGCUGUGUCCUACGCCGCUCCCGCUCAGAGCUACUCUGCCCCAGCUGCCACCUACACCGCUGCUGCUUCUGCCCCAGCUGUGUCCUACGCCGCUCCCGCUCAGAGCUACUCUGCCCCAGCUGCCACCUACACCGCUGCCGCUUCUGCCCCAGCUGUCUCCUACUCUGCUCCUGCUGCUGAGUACUCUGCCCCUGCUGAGAGCUACGAGACCGCCGCCUCCGCUCCUGCCCACACCUUCUCCGCCAGCGAGGGAUACCGUUACAAGACCCAGCGUCGUCGCGUCGUGCGUCGCCAUCGUCGUGAUGUGAGCCACCUGCCAUCCAGCGAGUACCUGCCCCCUGUCCAGGGUGCCGCCUCUGCUCCCAGCUCUGAGUACCUGCCCCCAGCAGCCUCUGCCCCUGCUCCAGUCUACUCCGCUCCUGCUCCCAGCUACACCGCCGCUGCUUCUGCCCCAGCUGUGUCCUACUCGGCUCCUGCUCCCUCUUACACCGCUGCCGCUUCCGCUCCGGCCGUUUCCUACGCUGCCCCCGCUGUCGAGUCCUACGAGACCGCUGCCUCUGAGCCCGCUCACAGCUUCUCGUCGAACGAUGGAUACCGUUACAAGACCCAGCGUCGUCGCGUCCUGCGCCGCCACCGUCGUGAUGUGAGCCACCUGCCCUCCAACGAGUACCUGCCCCCAGCAGCCUCUGCCCCAGCUCCAGUCUACUCGGCUCCUGCUCCUUCCUACACCGCUGCCGCUUCUGCCCCAGCUGUGUCCUACGCCGCUCCUGCCCAGAGCUACUCUGCCCAGAGCUACUCUGGCCCAGCUGCCACCUACACCGCUGCCGCUUCUGCCCCAGCUGUGUCCUACGCCGCUCCUGCCCAGAGCUACUCUGCUCCCGCUGCCACCUACACCGCUGCCGCUUCUGCCCCAGCUGUGUCCUACGCCGCUCCUGCCCAGAGCUACUCUGCCCCAGCAGCCACCUACACCGCUGCUGCCUCUGCCCCUGCUGUUUCCUACUCCGCCCCAGCUGCUGAGUACUCUGCCCCCGCCGAGUCUUACGAGACUGCCGCCUCUGCUCCCGCUCACUCCUUCUCCGCCAGCGAGGGAUACCGCUACAAGACCCAGCGUCGUCGCGUCCUCCGCCGUCACCGCUACUAAACGCAUCUGCCGUUGAGGCUCCCAUAAAAGCAAACCGGACCAAAUCUUGUUUUUUGGCUCCCGGGUUUUUCAGUCACUUGAACCGAAAAUUGUUAGGGAACGAAAUGAAUAAAAAUCUUGAAAAAUAAA